AUGCACUCGGAUGAAGAUGAACUCACCGACUCCAGCCACUCAAACGAGGUAUUUAUGACCGAAGUGUCGCCCUUGCCAAUCAGCACCAAUUUCAAUGAAAAUCAGCCGUCAACGUCUUUCUCUGUCCCCGACAGCAGCUCAAUGCGAUCUCAAUUUAGUGUUGGUGAACCGCGGUAUGCAACCAAUGAGGUCCAACAACUAGAUACUAGUGAGUUUCUCAGUUUCUAAUCCUUGAUCUUGGUGCGAUGGAGAGAAUAGGUCGAUUGAACACGAUGAUGAAUUAUUUAUUAGUCUAGACUAAUCUGUCAACUAGUCUGUCGAAAAAAUAAUGAGGGCAGUGUCGCUGGGCUGAUCGCGUAGUUGAAGUCGAAAGAAAUUUGAUUUUGCUGCGACACAAUUCAUUUUCUCGGCGGCGAUGCGAUUUUUGAUGCGACAGAAUGCUCAUUAUUUUCCCGACGAUAAUUACAGCAGACAUAAUGCGACGAUAGACUGGCAUGGCAAACUUAUUCUGUAAAAAUCUUAUAAUUUUAGCGGCUCUCUCGUAUCCACAGCCCUUUUUCAAUCCGCAACCACUCCAAAUGAACCCUCAGCUGAAUCUCCUGUCCAACAUGGCGGCUCCAAACACCGCUGACUCCCCGCUCUGGGAUCAAUGGAUGUGUUUGUUGGCCAAGAAUUUGACCCAUUCCCAAUGGCACGCCUAUUGGCAUGCCUACGCCGCGCUCUUCGGAGUCAACGCGCUGCCGACGAGACUUAGCUUUUUCAACGACUUCUUUUGGCUGGGCCGAGAUUCAAUGGAGGGAAUGGGACAAUCAGCCCACGGGGAUUUACUGGCAGUUCAUCGGUUUUGUAAGUCCACAUAUAAGAAGCCACUAACAGCCGUUGAAAAUUGGGAUUACCCCAAUUUUUGCGACCAUGAACCGUUCAUCUCUUGAUCUCUUUGUAAUGGAUCCCUGUUGUUUUAUUUACUCAUUGCCGAAAACAAAAAGUCCCCCUGCUUUAAGCGUCCUCGCGAACAGGUGGCAUUCCCCCCAAAGUCUUCGUUUUUCUCGAGGAAAAAAUUCAACAAUAAAACAGCAAUAAAGAGGGGAGGAAUGCACAAGCAUAAUAUGUGUGAUAAGGAGUGGGAAGGGGAGGGCAGAGCGAUCCGGCUGGAUCCAGUCGGGAUGCAGAGGGAAUUCUGUGAUUGAUUUGUGUUUUAUUUGCCAAAACUGACUCAGUCCAGGAACUCGGUUCUUGGUGUUUUUUCGCAACCCUCCCGGAAGGUCUUGAGAGGGGUUUUGAGGAGGAUGUUGAGCGAAAUUUACUCGCCGGGUUUUGAAAAUGAUGACUCAGUGGGGGUUUUAUGGUCUGUCAGAUUGUCGGGAAAAUAACGAGCAAAGUGGUUGAGCCGAUGGUGUCGCUGAAGUGAAAAGAAAUUUGACUUUUCUGCUACACAAUUCAUUUUCUCGGUGGCGAUGCGAUUUGCGAUGCGACAGAGAGCUCAUUAUUUUCCCGACAGACUGAUAUCUUCUAAUAAUGUGUGACUCUUUAAUUUUGCUGAAACUUGGAAAAAAUUUGAAAAAAAGUUGCCAAAACGGUCGAGAUUUUUAACUGGAAAAUUGAAAAAAAUAAUUUUUUUCUACAUGGGAAUCUCAAUUUUUACAAUGUAUCAGAUAACAAAAAAGCAAAAUUUUUCAGCGAAAAUUAACCGUUUUCUCUACGGAAUUUGACAGAAUACAGUCUUUCGUAAAAGUUCGACACGUACUUGCCGUACUUUUCAUUAAAAUUCAAACCGUAAAAUUCGCCUUCAACCUUUACCUUUAUUUUUCAAAAAAACCAACCUUUGUAACACGACUUUAACAUCCCACCUGUUUGUCAUGCCAAACCGAACACACAAAUUCUUUCAGCGUUUUGAAAAUUGCGUGAGCGGCCGCCAUUGCCCGAAAGGUUGUGCCGAAAAACCCAACCCUAAAAUUAAAUCUAACCUAAUUUCUGGUCUGAUUAAUCUUUUUCGAGCCGGCCUUGUUGUUUGUUUUAACUUCCAGCACGCCUAUGACUACUCUCCGCCGUUUAUUUCCAAUUUAUUGGGAUUGUGUGCAGAGGGCACGUAGAGUGGGUGCGUUACGCUUUUCACAACAGGCUAAUUUCUAAUGUUUAUGUGUUUGUCUAUGCGUAAUUGGGUUAGGAACGUUGGCACUAACUUCUCGGAGCAAGAGUUCGGACGUCUGCGCUUGAAGCGAGAGAAUAAUAUAAUAUAAAAUUUCAAUUUGCUUAGCAAUGCGGAGUGAAAUAGGGCAAACCUAGCGCUGACAAAAGUUAUUGUCAAAAUUUUUUUUGUAUGUUCAUCUCUCUUCAUUUUACGUACUCUCUCGUAACAGUACCUUCAAUUAUGACCGACUAGGACAACGGCGAGCUAAAGUUUUGAGCGAUAUUUUUGCAUCCUAGUUUUCAGACUGCCGGGAAAGUAAUCAGCAUUUUGUCGCAUCGAAAUCGCAAUCGCAUCGUCGCCGAAAAAAUUUUUUGUAUCGCGAAAAAAUCAAGCUUAUUUUUACUCCAGCGACGCGGUCGGCGCAGCGACUUUGUGCUUAUUAUUUUCCCGACAGCCUGAAAAAUUAUAAUAAAUAUAUGUAGACCAAGUUUUGAGAAGCUCAAGUGGGCCAAGUUAUCGGACUCUUCCUGGCCAUAUUGCCCGUCUACAGUUAGAAUUUUCUAAAUAAUUUAGUUCUACGGCCGCUAGGACGGACCAUACCGCCCUUGGACACAUUUCUGAGUCCGUUCUGUGGGUUGCAACAGCAAUUUCCGUCUCUUUAUUACGUCGACCCGACACGAGACGUGCGAAGAACAGGUUCAAAAAGUCUCAUCGGGAAAAGCGUUCGCCGGAUCAGGAAGCCGUAGACAUAAAACGGCGUGUUGAACGUCGAAAAAACAGGAACGAAAGGGAGGAGGAAAAUUUUUUGGCCCACCUGUCCCGACCCUCAGGGGCUUUUGAUCCGACGGGGCGAAAAUCGGCUUUUUCUGGCCAUGAAAUGAAAAAAAAUUUUUUUGUUUUUUCUCGCCGAACGGCCGAAUGGCAUAACUUUUGUUGCUGAUGUUUCGUUUUGUGGUACAUAAGGCUAAAAUUAACGACUUUUUCGGGGCUCGUUGUUGUUUAAUUUUGCCAAAUUUACUCUACUUUACGAGCCUGUUACGCCUUCUUUCUUAUCACCCCCGAAACAAAAGAUCUCAUCCUCUCGGGCAAGGGCGCUGGCUACGGACUUUAUGCCUCUCAAUAAUAAUUGUUCGAGACGGCCGCAUGUUUUCUAAUUUCAAGUUGCUAGGCUAAGGACCCCCUUCCUGAACGAAAUUUCGCCGGCUGACUCACUCCCCGAAACAUCUACGUCGUUUUCCCGACCAUUUCGUUGGGGGAAAAAUGAAAAAAGUAUGUCGGGCGCGAAGUUUUAAACAAUCCUAUCAAAUUUCAUCGGGGUCUAAUUUGGAGAUUAGCGAGGAGCUCGUGAUUAGUUUGGCUCUUCCGGACAUGUGGUUAAUCUGCUUGAUCAGAGGGGAGAGUGUUGUUAAGUUGAAGGCAAGAAAUUUAAAUGGGGAUUUUGGAUGCCGGAUUCUGUAGGAUUUUUGAUCACAAACCGGGCUUUUUAUAUGGAAAUUUCUGGAGGCGCGAGGCUCGGAUUUCUUUCAAAUUUUGCACGUAUGUAUAUUCUGCAUAGGCAAAAAAUUAAUAAUUGAAAAUUAAAUUUUAGUUCCAGCCUUGCAGCUGAGAGGUUCAGCGAUCUUUUAACUAGAGUGUACGAAAAAAGAGGAGGGUUGGUCAGACAAAAAUUUUUUUGGCAGAAACUUUCUCAAAGUCCCUCAAAAAGAAUCUAUUUUACUAUCUGUUUGUCGGGAAAAUAAUGAUAAUUCUGUCGCAUCAAAAACCGCAUCGCCGCCUAGGAAAUGAGUUGUGUCGCGGCAAAAUCAAAAUUCUUUUCACUUCAACGGCACACCGGGAUUUUGUUCAUCAUUUUCCCGACAGACUGCUAGUCAGUUUACAAAAAACUCGGUCCCCAAAAUCAAGCGGCGAUUUUCGCUUACCUAACCGCAAAAUCAAAGUUAUUUAUACAAUCCUCGAAGCCCCAACGUAUUUUACCGCAUCCCCAGCCCGAACCGGCUCCAGAUUCCAGGAGGCCCGUCGAUUCCCUUUCGUUUUCGGCUAAUGUUGUUUUGUCAAGGCGAAUUCCCUUAAAAACCGGCGUCUUCCAACCCUCUUCCUCAUAUUCCUUGCCGCCGAAGAACCCUCGGAUAACAUUUAAGUGGGCCUGACGCCACUUUGUGUCCGCAACCCAAAAAAGUUUUAGUUUAGGUUCAAAAAACAGCAGAUUUAUGUCAUGGGCGGCGGGUGGGGACAAUGUAUUUUUUGUAAAAAAAAACUUGUAAGACAUGCCCUUUCGCUGUACGAAAGCCCUUUAGGGCAUCCGCACUAAAGUCCUUUUAGGGCAUUCGCACCGAAUUUAAAGUAUGUUUUGCGCGCCAAAACAGGUGAAUUUUUGUCUGCUUUGCCGUAGGGGGAACAACAGAUGGUUCUUGAGGGGCCGUAAAUGGCGGUAAUUGAUACGAUUGUACGUGUUCAAAAAGUGUGUUUGAUUUUUGCUCUUUCUUAUUUUGGAAGAUUACAUUAUCAAAGGAUUUGUUGGGAGGAAAGGGCGCUAUGGGAAAGCAACAUCAAGAAAAUGAUGAUAUUAGGGCAUUUCGAAACUGUAAAGUAGUCUUUGACCGAAGUAGGACAUAAAAAUUUUAAUGGAGAAAAAAUCCCGUGAUACAAUUAAUUUUCUCAGCAGCGAUGCGAUUUUCGAUGCGACAAAGUGCUCAUUAUUUUCCCGACAUCCUGAAAAAUCUUCGAUUUUUUGAAAAAAUUGUUUGUUAUAAAAAGUGCCCAAAAGUCUCCGCCGAAUACACUGCUUUCCGCGUUGACGGAGAAAAUGAUUUUCAUAGGCCAAAAACCGCCCAUAUUCUUCUUUAUCCUGCAGAAAAAAUUUUUUGGAUAUCUUGACUGAGAAAUUGACAAAAGUUUUCCCCGGAAUUUCUUGAAACACCCUGUAUAUGGCUUUAUCAUCCAUUCGAAUUUUGACGUAUAAUCUCGCGAAAUAUUUGCCAUUUAUAAUACACCUUACUCGACCUGUCACAGAAAUUAUCCGCCCCUCCUUCUUCCACUACCUCAAGAAGCUGUCGUAGUUCAACAUUCGGCGAUUCCUUCGAUUGGUUCUGUGCGAAACGAUGGGAAACGCCCAAGCCAGCCACGCCAAUCAGAUGAUUGCGGCGCCGCCGCGACGCAACCCCCACUUCUCGGACUACCAGAUCACGUCCGUCGGCCCGAACCAUCACGUCAUCCACAACGGUGGGUAGCGGUUUUCGCAUUCGUGUACUUCGAUGUCUAGGGAUGUGAGUGUGCCCGUGGUGUCGUAG